AUGGAGAACUUCUCUCUCCUACUGCUUGGCCUGGGACUAGUUCUUGCAGGAGCUUCGGAAAGUAUAAAGGAGAUAAUUAAAGACAACCUUGCAAAGGAAGAGCUGCAAUAUGUCAUGUCAGAAAGUGGCCAAGUCAACCAGACCAUGGAGGUAUUAAUGAACUUGACCCUGUUAGAUAAAAAUAUCAGCUUCAACAUGUCCAAGGAUGUUAUGCCUUCCUCCCUUCUGACACUCAGAAGACUACAUUAUAACAUCCCCAAGGGAAACAGACCGGGUAAUGGCAAAGUGUGUUGCAAUGAUAUGACAGUUUGGAGAAAAGUUUUAGAAGUCAAUGAGUCAUGCAGAGUGAGCAAUAGCUUCUUCUGUGGCUCCAUGGGAGUGAUCCAUGGGGUUUACAAUGCCCCCAGCUGCAAGUGUGGACAGAGUCCUGCCAUAAGCUGCUGUGAGAGCCCAGAACUAGAGAAUGCUAUGUACCAGCUCACUACAGGCAAACAGUUCCCUAGGUGCCAAUACCACAGUGUUACCUCACUAAAGAAGAUGUUGACAGUGCUGACAGGUCACUCUCUGAUGAGCUGGUUAGUUAGUGGCUCUAAGUUGUAG